AUCGGCGAGUGUUAGCGCCGCUGUGGCUGCCGGUGCUUGUGGGUCGCAGGGAGCGGGGCCUGGAGGGCGCGGUGUGUCGCGAUGCCGGAGCUGGCGGUGCAGAAGGUGGUAGUCCACCCCCUGGUGCUGCUCAGUGUGGUGGAUCAUUUCAACCGAAUAGGUAAGGUUGGAAAUCAGAAGCGUGUUGUUGGUGUGCUUUUGGGGUCAUGGCAAAAGAAAGUACUAGAUGUAUCCAACAGUUUUGCAGUCCCUUUUGAUGAAGAUGACAAAGAUGAUUCUGUCUGGUUUUUAGACCAUGAUUACUUGGAAAACAUGUAUGGAAUGUUUAAGAAGGUCAAUGCCAGAGAAAGAAUAGUUGGGUGGUACCAUACAGGACCUAAACUACACAAGAAUGACAUCGCCAUCAAUGAACUCAUGAAAAGAUACUGCCCUAACUCAGUACUGGUCAUUAUUGACGUGAAGCCAAAGGACCUGGGACUGCCCACAGAAGCAUAUAUUUCAGUGGAAGAAGUUCAUGAUGAUGGAACGCCAACCUCAAAAACAUUUGAGCACGUGACCAGUGAGAUCGGAGCAGAGGAAGCUGAGGAAGUUGGAGUUGAACACUUAUUACGAGACAUCAAGGACACUACAGUGGGCACGCUCUCCCAGAGGAUCACAAACCAGGUCCACGGUUUAAAGGGACUCAACUCCAAGCUUCUGGAUAUCAGGGGCUACCUGGAGAAAGUGGCCACGGGCAAGCUGCCCAUCAACCACCAGAUCAUCUACCAGCUGCAGGAUGUCUUCAACCUGCUGCCGGACGUCAGCCUGCAGGAGUUUGUCAAAGCCUUUUACCUGAAGACCAACGACCAAAUGGUGGUGGUGUAUUUGGCCUCGUUGAUCCGUUCCGUGGUUGCCCUGCACAACCUCAUCAACAACAAGAUCGCCAACCGGGAUGCAGAGAAGAAGGAAGGGCAGGAAAAAGAAGAGAGCAAAAAGGAUAGAAAAGAUGACAAAGAGAAAGAUAAGGAAAAGAGUGAUGUAAAGAAAGAAGAGAAAAAGGAGAAAAAAUAAAACAUGUAGCUUCUUAAUUUGUAAAUUAAAAUCUUAUGAAUUAACUCAGUGUGCCGCCAGAGGGUUCUUUUCCCUUUAAGUGCUUGUUACAAAAGCUGUGUUGAGAGCUGUCUGCCUCAGGCCACUCUUGCUGUGGCAUUAUAUGGAAGUAAGGAUGGGGGGUGCUGAUCUGGUACCUAAACUGCAGCUCAGGCUGCUACGAAAGUGGGGAUAUGAUAGUGCAGGCUCCAGAUGGUGUGAGAAAAGGGAAGAGAAGGAAACGUAACAUUUUCGGUACUCUUCAUUCCUUUAUCUAGAAAACCGGCAGUUGAAUUGUCUCCAUCUUAAAAGACUCCUGAGGUCUGUUUCUGGCAGUUCGCACAAUUGCAAAAUGGAAUACAUGAAUUCCUUAAGUGCUCCCUGCCUCAGAACACCUGGAGUUCUGACCCUUCAGAACUGUUGCGGACACUGCACCCUGGGUCUGUGGGCCUGUAGCCCUGGCACUUGGGGGUGGGGAUCGAGCUCCAUAUAUUGUUUACCUUUGAAGACACAAUUAAAUGGCUUGGUUUUUAA